UUAUUCCUCACCUCGGACGAUGAGCAGAGUAGUUGUAGCAAAAGGAGCCUGAGAAAGUAUUUUACAUUGGACACUGUUGGAAAGCAGUGGGAUACAGGGAGUCACCGUGAAUAUGAGGAUUUUACGCCAUCUGCUGGUGCUUUUAAUGCACCUGGUCCUCGGAAGCGGUGACCAGCGAUUCUCCAAUGGCUAUUAUUAUCAGGAUAUAAUUAAUGGAAAUGGCAAUGGGGAGAUAUACUUCCACAAGAUCCGUCUUCACGUUGAGUCUCCUGAAACGUUAGUGUCGGCUGUUCAGGGGAGUAACGUCACACUGCCCUGUCAUUACCGCUACGAGCCGGCGCUCAGCGAGCCCCGCUUGACACGGGUCAAGUGGUUCGGCAACCCGUACGGGCGGGAGCGUGACGUCAUGGUGGCCAUCGGCACGCGUCACCGGAGUUACGGAGACUUUAAAGGACGCGUGCGGCUCCGCCGAAGCGCCCCGGGCGAUGUGUCCCUCGUCAUCAACCCACUACAGUCCGACGAUACCGGGCGCUACCGGUGUGAAAUAAUUGAUGGUCUCGAGGACGAGAGCGUGACAGUGCAUCUUAAGUUUCGAGGUGUGGUGUUCCCCUAUCACUCCUCUAGGGGGCGCUAUCUGAUGACCUUUCAUGAGGCUAAGGAGGCAUGUGAGAAACAGGAUGCACAGCUGGCUACCUUUGAGCAGCUCUACGCUUCUUGGGAGGAAGGGUUAGACUGGUGUAACGCUGGGUGGCUUAUUGAUGGGACAGCACAAUAUCCCAUCGUAGUGCCACGAGAGGCUUGUGGUGGCACCGACCUGGCACCUGGUGUACGGAGCUACGGCGCUCGAAACAAAAGUCUGGACCGGUUGAUGCCCUUCUGCUUCACUUCAUCCAUUAAAGGAGAGGUCUACUUCUUGCAGCAUCCCAUCAAACUAAAUUUCACAGAGGCAGCGGAGGCCUGUCAGAAUGACGGAGGCCGUAUUGCUAAAGUUGGCCAGUUAUACGCAGCCUGGAGGUUUGUGGGAUUGGACCAGUGUGAUGCGGGCUGGUUGGCUGACGGUAGCGUACGUUACCCAAUCAUCCAACCCAGGAUGAACUGUGGGGCAUCAGAACCAGGGGUGCGCAGCUUUGGCUUUCCUCCGAAACAUUUGAAACAUGGCGUAUAUUGCUACAAAGCCCACUGGUAAAAUGUACAAUUUAUUUCAAAUGUAUAAAUACUUCUGUAAAAACCGCAGUGAACAGUACUUCUUUCUACUACACUACUGAUAUUCAAUUCGUAAUAACGUGUCUUUUAUUGUGUCUUGAUUUGAUUUGAAAUGUCCUUGAAUUCCUACCAAAUUUACACUGCAAAGGCGGCACAGAGGUGCUUCUGAAGUGGCAUUUAGGUGUCUUUACACAAACUGUUUAAUGCUGUUCAGAGGUUGCAUGAAUGCAUUUACACAGCAAAUACAACUGUGUUUUGAUAUUAGAGGCAGUGGUGGGUUAGAGCUGGCUUAAUUUAGUCUGGCUUUUAUGCAACAUUAUUUCUUCACACAAAAUUUUGAGUAGGCACAGAGCAGCCUUAACUCAGCUGUCUAAAGUUGCCUUUAAAUGUUCUAAUGUGUUGGAAAAUUAAAUUUCAAGUGCUAAUUUGGAUAUUUACACUUUAAAACUUAAAAAAAAUGAAGGUUUAAACUAACUUUGUGUGGUCAUCACAUUUUAUACAGCAUUUACAGUUCUACAAUGUUUUUUUUUUGUUUAGGGCUAAAGACUGAAAUUGGUGGUGGGUCAUUUUUAAAAGACUUUUAUGAUCUGAUUGCUUGUAUUAUGUAGCAUUUUAAUGCAAAUAAUCAAUUAGUCGGUGGCAUCUGCUGGUAUAUUAUUUGUAUGCAUGACUUCUUAAUAUUAUCUGAGACAUCAUUCAAAAAGCCAGAUUUCAUUUCAAUAAAUAGUUUUUUCCUACAACAAUUCUGUAUGUGUU